AUGGCAAGAUGGCUCUUGGUUCUAGCAGAAUAUAACAUCACUUGUGUUACUCCGAAGGCAAUUAAGAUCCAAGCACUUGCAGACUUACUAGCCCAAUUCCCAUCUGGUGAACAUGAACAUGUAGAGGUACCCCUACCAGGUGAGAUCUAUGUCUCAGUAGUUGCAAUUGAGUCUUAUUGGGACUUAAAAUUUGAUGGAGCUUCCGGAGCUGGAAAAGGUGGAUUUGGCAUAACACUAACCAGUCAAACAGGAGAGAAGUUUCAUCUAUCAUAUAAGCUUGACUUCGAAUGUUCAAACAACGAGGCUAAAUAUGAGGUGUUGAUACUAGGUCUAAUUGCUACCCAAAAAAAGGGCAUUCACAAGUCAAAAAUUUGGGGCGACUCCAAGCUAGUUGUCAAGCAAACAAUGGGUGAUUUCGCCUUAAAGGAGCCUCUGUUGGCCCCAUAUUGCACUGUGGUUCAAAGGUUGCUCACUCAAUUUGAUGAUGUCCAAAUCCAGCAUACCCCUCGAACACAUAACUGUGUCCCCGAUACCUUGGCUACACUAGGGGCAAAGGUGGAUGUACCAAAUGAUAGUAUAGCCAUCAUCAUCAAGAAAAGAACAACACCAAUAGUGUUAACCGAAUAA